AUGGCCAGCGCGGGCGUCGACGACCACAUGGUCGUUGGUCCCGACGACCACAGAGCGUACAUUGUCAUCACCGCCAUUGUCGGGCUCAUUUGGAGCGUCCUUGUCCUGUGCAUCCGCAUCUUUAUCCGCACCCGGCUCACCGGACCCUUGGGCUUGGACGACGCUGCCGCCACCAUCGCUACUUUUAUCGGUGCGUGUCAGACUGCGACCGUACUCUACGCCGUCCGCGAGGGCGUAGGCAUCCGUUACAACGAUGCCUACCAUGAUAGUGUGGACUCGGGGCUCAAGGCGUACUACGCCAGCACAAUCAUGUACAUCUUGGCGCUCUGCCCGGCAAAGGCGUCCAUGUCGCUGUUGAUAUCUAGAGUCAGCCGACAGGCUGCCGACAAGCAUCUACUGGCAACACGCGUUGUCACGGCUGUAAUUCUUGUCUGGGGCGUAGCCUCUGUGUUCAUUGUCGCAUUUCAAUGCGGAAGCACACGGCCAUGGGACUUGACUGCUGGGCACUGUACAGGCGUGUUCCCACGCUGGCUCGUCAUUGAAACCGUCAGCCUCCUCAUCGAGCUCCUCAUCUCCGCGCUCGCCUUCACGCUCGUUCUAGGCCUCGAUCUGGCCUUUCAGACCAAGUUCAUCGUCGUCAUGGCUUUUUCCGCGCAGCUUCUCGUCGCCAUCCCCGUCGGUUAUCGGCUCGUCUUCCUGCGCGACGCCAUCCGCAACCACCGCGCCCCCAUCAUGUUCACCCUGGCCGACACCACCAUCGUGACGCAGGUCGUCAUGCACUUUUCCAUCAUGGCGGCUACGUUCCCCUGCUUCCGCCAGUUCCUGCAGGCCUUCAACAACGACUUUGGCGCGACGACCAAGAUGGUCAAGGGUGCCGAGGACGACCGCUCGGGGGAUCGCAGCCAGGGCGGCCGCCAUAGCAGCAGCAACAACAACAGCUAUGCCAUGUCGGUGCUACGGUCGCGGGCCGACGGCGGCAGCGCCCAAACGACGCGGCUGCGCGACCACGAGUCCGAUACAGAGGUGGAGGACGUGCUGCUGCCCCUGGCGCCGUACCGAGACGGCGUGCUGACACCGGCGGAUGACGGCCGAAGCCUGCAGAGCAUGGCCAGCGACCGCGCAAUGAUUAAGAACAAGCAAAAGAGAGCGUGA